GUGGUAAUCCACUAGGAAAGCCUCUGCCACUCCUUUUUAUUAGAUCGUUCUUUGAUUCCAGGAUUUUCCGUGAAAAAAGCCUCUCGAUCCUUACCAUCAAAACCUACCACUUCUAUGCCUUCCUCUGUGCUGCCAUUACCAUGAGAAUUAGACCUCGGUAAAAGUUCUGCGCAUGACAGGUCUUGCAUAGGAAGUAAAAAUAAUUGUCUCUACCCGAAAGGAAGAAAAAAAAAGCAUCCACAAUUUACUGUGAAUCAGCCUGCUUUCGUUUCACACGAAGAAAUCCAGACUGGAAAUAAGUUAGAUCAACAACGUGUUGCAUGGAAUCGUUGUACUACAAACCAUAGAGAAAUUUUAAUUUCUCGAUUUUCAGUAAACAAUAGCUUAAUAUUUCAAUCCUUCUUAUCACCUAGGACAAAAUCACGUCAAGGGAUACUGUCGCAAGAAUAAGCCAUUUAAUCCUCUGACUUUGGCCUUACAGUUGUGAAAAGAAUCACUAAAAUAAUGGAACAAACAACAUAGGUUGCGUGACAAUUUGUGUGACAUGUCGGGUCCUCCAGGGGACUGGCCCGGCUUCAAAGCCAGCGUAAAUCAGUUACCGUGGCGAAGAAUUUCGAGGUGGAUUCUCGCAAUUUCUUGUAGAUCAUGUUUGUUAAUCUUGUUAAACACACUAGAGGAUGUCACUGCGGUAGAGUUCGCUUCGAGGUCUUAGCCAAACCUGUGCUUAAGGCUUAUGAUUGCAACUGUACCAUUUGUGUGAAAAAAGGGAUGUUCCUCGUCUGGCUUACAAAGGAAAAUUUUAAACUGACACAGGGAGAUGAGCAUAUAUCCUGUUAUACUUACAACACCCACCAAGCUAAGCACUACUUCUGUUCUACUUGUGGAGUCCAUCCAUUCUACCAGCCUCGCUCAAACCCUAAAGGACGAGGCAUUUCACUGCAGUGUUUGGAUGAAGAAGAAACUAGAAAGAAAGCAGAGAUUGUUCCAUGUGAUGCUGCAGACUGGAGGAAUUGGGAAAAAUACCUUGAUGAACAUCCAAAGGCAAGAAAUCUUACUGAAAAUGUGGAGUAGUACCAAUUUCACAUGCUGCAAUG